AUGACACGCCAGCGGGGCCAACAAGCAACUUACGACCAAAUGAUGGCCGAGUUGCAACUCGAUUCCGAUGGGGAGGAGCGAGAGGCAAAACCCCACGAACCGUGGCAGGACCGUCGAAAGUACGACGGCCUUGAGAGCCGUCGACGCGUGACAUUGUCGUCCCCAAGACCGCAAGAAAAAGUAGCUUGUAACGCUACCGACAGUUCGCAACACAUUACGACGACUAACUCUGCUUUGUCGACCUCAGCACCAGUUAUCAACGCCAACCGGGAAAUCUUUGGAGCGGCCAGCGCUGCUGUCAAGGACGCGGGUUUCUCCGGAGGAACGAGACGGGCAGAGAUCGAUGCGCUUCGCUCAUUCGUAUUGCGAUCACCUGCCCAAGGUUCCGCUGCUAUUCGGUGUUACGUGGAACGCGAUCGGAAGGGGCUCAACCGACUCCACCCCGUCUUCCGCCUCUUCCUCGAGUCAGGGAAGCAGUUUUUGCUGUGCGCGCAAAAGCGAGCAAGCAGCAAAACGUCCAACUACUUGCUCACCAUGGAGCAGAACCCCACUAAUCGACGCAGCAACCUCAUUGUUGGAAAGUUGCGGAGCAACUGGUCAGGGUCCGAGUACACCAUGUACGACGACGGCAUGAGUCCGGACAAAACAGCACUCGAAGCGAAUGUUCGGAACAUCCUGGGCGCUGUCGAGUUCUCAUACGAUGACAUGGGCCCCGGGAGACUCGCCGCACAGAUCCCCCACCUGCAAGGUAACGGUAUUGCAUCCACUUGGAAGGAUAAGCCAGCGGAUGCUGUCAGUGCAGAAAGCGAAAAGCUUCUCAUGCUGCACAACAAGAGACCGCACUUCGACGAAAAGACUGGCGGGCAUGUCCUGGACUUCGGUGGGCGCGUCACGAUGCCGUCGAUCAAGAACUUCCAGAUGAUGUGCGACGCUCUCGGAGACGAGACUGUGCUGCAAUUUGGUAGGGUAUCCUGCCAACCACCUGGACCACGCAGGCAAUGCAAAUGCCACAAAAGUACAUUCGUCAUGGAUGUCAAGGCACUUUUGCAGUACCCACUCAACCCGCUCCAGGGAUUUGCAAUUUGCCUCGCCACACUCGACACCAAGUUCACCGACCUCAAGCUCUACGACAAUGUGACCAAGCUCAUCAAGAGGAAAUAG